UAGAGUUCCCAGACGCCCUCUUUACGUCAGUAUAGUCGCGUUUAACUUUUCAAACGGGACCCAAACACACACACACGGGACAGGGGACACUCAACGGAAUCAGUGAGCGUGUCGCUGGGACAGUUUAUCGCUAUCGUUUACGAUAUCGGAUUAUCAUUCGUUUUAAUCCGUAAGGACAUGUCUAAUUAAAGAGGACUUGUUCAAACCGGACUGGAUAACAUUAUUUAAUAGCGAAGUAGAUAAGUUUUUUUUUCUUUUUCUUAAACGUCGCAGUGGAUGAUAGUUAUGAAAGGACUGACAUGGAGAGGCAGGAUGACUGAAGAUAUUUAGCGUUUAAAGUUUCUGUGUCACUUACACGCGCAACAUGAGUUGCACUGAAGCGAGUUAUUUUGACAGCGGAGCACACAGACUGUGAUAAAGCUGCUAAACUUGACAUUUGAAAUUGAAUAAUUAUACUCUUCCACGUGCUAAAAUGAUCUCGGAGGAAAGAAGCAGUCACGUCUCUAAACAAGCUCUGGGCUUUCCUGUCGGGUUCUUGAUCCGCUCGCCCAAGAGACGCCUGGCAGUGCUGGGCAGAAAGACCAGCAAUGGAUCUCUGCAGUCCAGCACGUCUGAUAGCACGGCUCAGUCUGUGGAGAGCACUGGAGUCCGGCAGCCGGCCAAGAGCAAGAUACGCCAACACAACAACAGACUGACCACAGUGUUCAACCGAAGCCCUGUUCUGCGAAACAGACGGCCAGGUCAGGACAGCAGGACCCUAGAAUUGCAAGCAGCGGACGACCCCGCAGAGCUGUCCUGUCAGAGGACUAUCCCAGGGAUCCUCAAGAUAUUUGGCAGUGACAUUUGUCAAGGAACCAACUACAAGAGCGUGCUGGCCACCAGGCACUCCAGUGCCAGCGAGCUGGUCAAAGAGGCUCUGGAGAGGUACUGCUUGGAAAAGGAAGACUCCAGUGCGUAUGUGCUCUGUGAUGUGAUUGGCCGAACUGGAUUGGACCAUGAAUGGAAGACAGAGUGCUGUCGGGUUGUCGGUGACCACGAGAAGCCCCUCAUGUUGCAGUCGCUCUGGAAACCCAAGGAUGGAUUCUCCAGGCGUUUCGAGAUCCAGAAAAGAGCAAACGUGGAGGCGCAAAGUGCCAAGAAUACAGAUACCAUCACAGCAGGCCUCAAUGCCCAAGCCCGAAAGCUGCAGCAUGCUCGUGCGCGGGUCACCUCUCUGUUUGUGGAUGGGACGAAUGAGGGGCUGGAUGCUCUGGGUAUCUGGAGGAGCUUGAGCGACAUGGACAUCUCCACUAUGGGAAAAGAAGCCAGUGAGACCCAUAAUGCACCUCUACAGGAGGAUCCAGAGGCAGAGGCUGAUAAAGAGGCUCACCUCCUCAACGCAGAGAAAGAGGAGACGGAAAGCAGCGAUGACAACAACACGCAGUACUCCAUCCACCUGCCCUUUGAUUUCCCAUAUUUCCUUCUGCUGCAAGGAUACAACCACAGACAGGACUUUCUGAUCUAUCUGAUGAGUGGGAACAGUUGUAUAUUUGGCUCCUCCAUUGAAUCCUCCACUGGUAACAAUGAAGAGACCCUAAAAGUGGACGUCCUACUCUUUGCCCCUGACAUCCUACCUCAGCACUGCUGCGUACAGCGUCUAGACGCCACCAGUGACCAAACCAAGGGAAGUAGCAAGAUGCGAACCAUGCUCAGACCCCUCCACAGCGCACUUGUUACGCACAACGGCGUCCCCCUUGAUGACGAGGUUGAGUUGUGUCCAGGGGACCUGGUGGGGCUCGGGCAGCACUAUCUCUUUAUGUUCAAGGACCCUACGACCUCAGGAGCCUUCCAGACCCCAUCCUGGAUGGCCACUCUGUGUCCUCCAGCCACAGCAUCACCCUGUAAACUGUGUGGAACAUCCGUCAGGAGGAGGAGGACUCAAAAAAUGGCCGCCCGCUGGAGGGACUUGGAGGGCAAAGUGCUCUCGUUGUCCUAUCAGGUGCAGCAUGAAGAUCAAGUCUUGGAGAAGAUUCUCAGUAGGGUGGACCCAGGAGGGGAAGAACCCAAACUUACUCCAGCCUUUCUGCUGUGUUUGUGCAUUCAGCACUCCGCCACCAACUUUGAGUUGGUUGACCUCCGGAAAUUGCUGCUCUCCAUUGCUAAUCAAGUCCAGCUCACCAUGUGGGAAAGAACAAAAGAACUCGCAGCUCUGCAGCCAGACAUAAGCACUGGUGAUACGUCAGCAGAGCAGCAUGUGUUGAACAUCAAGGAUCUGAUCCGAGGCCUACAGCCGCUGGUGCUGUGGAUGUCCAACUCCAUUGAGCUGCUGCACUUCAUCCAACAUGAGGUCCCCCUGCUCUUAACAUGGAGACAGCAGGACAGACAGGAAAUGGACAAAGAAUCAAUGAAUUGUCAGAUCCAGUCCACACGUGCUGCCAGUGAGGAGGCCAUGACAGUCCUAGAGGAAGUCAUCAUGUUCACCUUCCAGCAGUGUGUCUACUAUCUCACUAAAAGUAUGUAUGCCAUGUUACCGGAGCUGCUGGAUAGUAACCCUUUUUCUGAGAGCAGUCAGCUGCGCAUGCCUGCGGGGGUCAUUCAAAUCCUGGACGUCCUGAAGGAGGCACUGCACCUGCUCAACACUUUCCAGGUGCACAGCGAGAUCACAUCUCAACUGCUGACCUACCUGUUCUUCUUCACCAACGCCUCGCUCUUCAACACGCUCAUGGAGAGAGGGUCUGGAGGUGGCUUCUACCAGUGGUCUAGAGGAGUGCAGAUCCGGGCCAACCUGGAUUUGCUAAUGGACUGGAUUCAGAGUAUUGGCACGGGAGAUUUGGCUGCUGACUUCUUCCAGAGGCUCUCUUCAGCUGUCAACCUGCUCGCAACUCCCAAGGAGACCCUACUGCAGGCAUCAUGGUGCACUCUGAGAGCUGAGUUUGUUCAUCUGAACCCUGCACAGCUGCAUCACAUGCUGAGAGAGUACAACACAGCUCGGAUGUGCCCUCUAUGCUGGACGCCAUCUCCAGAGGAUGCAGCAGCUGCCCUCAAUACCUCUAAUAUCCUGGAAAGUUUCGACAACCAUCCUCCUCUAAUCCUGCCCAGCAGCAUUUUUAAUCUGGAGCUGGGAAAUCCCAUCACAGAGCCAGGGUUGUUCACUCCUCUCCGGCAUCUGCAGGAGUUUAUCAAGUCUCUCCCAGACAGCCAGACACAGUCUGACCAUCAGCCCUCACAGGUAAACCUCCUCCAUGCUAAAACUCCUCUGCGAGUGAGUGGGAUCUACGUGAAGUCAGUGGUGCCUGAUUCCCCAGCAGGCCUCAGUCAGAGACUAAGAGUGGGCGACCGCAUACUCGCUGUCAAUGGAGUCAGUCUGGUGGGAAUGGACUACCACAGUGGACGAGAACUCAUCCGGACGUCCAGCGAUUCGCUGCGAUUACUGGUGGCCAAAACCGAAUCCAGGAGCAGCAGCAGGAGCUUCAUCACCAGAUGCUGAGAAACAAGACAGACUCGUCUGGAUGAUUGGACUGAUCUUUCCUCAUUGAUCCAUUCAGUCAGAUAUCAGGCAAUGGAACUCAGAUUUAAGCUGAAACCAAAGGAAAGGCAAUUGAAAUGAAUUCAUUAAUGUUGCUGUUUGUGGUGUUGUCUUUGUCUCUGGCUGUUGGUGGGAGUACAGAAGUCUCAAAUGGCCAGGAAAAUAUGUGUUGAUAUCUUUUUUUUAGCAUUUAUUUCACAUGUAACAUAGUUUACCAGAUGUUUUCUAGUGUUUUAUUUUUGUUUAGUGUCUGUCCGUCUGUCAUUUUCUGGUUUCCUGAGAAACCGUUGUGGUCCAGACAGAGUUAUUUCAGUUUCCCUAAAACUCAAACUGGAAGAGAAAUAGAGUCUCACAAAUCCAUUCUCUGUUCAUAACAUCCAAAUACUGCUGGAAAUAUCAGUCAAAACGACAUUCGUUUUUAGUCAGUUUUUAAUAUUUAGCCAAAGUAUCACUAUUAAUGUGGGUCGUGUUGCUGAUGUUAUGAAACUACGUACUAUAUUAUAUUGAUGCCAUUUCAUAUCAUUAUUACUCCUGAUGUCAAUCAUAAAUGAUGAUGUUCUUCCUCAGUGCCAGAGAAACAGGGUUACAUUGUGUCAUCAGUGUUCAUGAUGGCAUUAAAAAACAAUGUUAUAAUAUUUAUAUUGAUAAUGGUUAA